AUGCUUUCAGGUGGACACCCGCACGAUCGCUGGGUUAUUGAAACUCAAGCAGAUGGCUCGAUUGUGCCACGCGGAAACCCCGCCCGAUCCGCAGCAAUUACGCAAAUCCUCGCAGGCCUAAGUAAAGCAAAAAAGCGUGAACGAACUCCUAAGCGCGCGUCACCUAUGUCGCUCGCAAUGCUAACGCGAGUGAUCACUUUCCUUGAAACUGAUUCGGACAUCAAUGAGACGAUGCGCUUGUGGUUUUCUGCCGUGUGCUCGCUUGCCUUUUACGGGAUGUGUCGAAUAAAUGAGGUGCUGCUCAUGAAGAAAGGAGAUAUACAGCUCGGACUUUGGCGCAAGUCGCGCAAGAACGACAAGGAGAUCGAAUUUGGAUGUUUCACAAUACGCGACCGAAAAACGGACCAUAAUCCACUGGCAAGUCGCACAUACUCUUUGCAUCACCUCCCUAAGGAUGAGCAAGCCACCGAGGCUUUGGCGUACCUGGAGAGAUGUGGUGACUACGCGUUCCCAGCACUGACAAAGGUUCCCCGCGGCGGUGCUAAACGUCCGAAGAACUCUCUCGCUAGCGCUAGUCCUAAUGGGACAUUUGGGAAUGUUGGCGCUAAAUGGGGCACUCCAAUGUCGGACAGUAACUUCACUCAGAUUAUCAACAUUGUCGCCAAUGCAGCUGGAAUCAGCAAGAAUGUCCUUGGGGAUGACAUCUGGUUUACAUCACAUUGCUUUAGGCGAGGCGGAGCUCAGUACAGAUUUAUGUUCGCUCCUGAACAAAGCCGUUGGUCUUUGAAGCUGGUGAAGUGGUGGGCAGGAUGGACGCCAAGUGAAAAGGCUGAGACCGUAACACGAUAUCUACUAGACGACGUUCUAGAUCGCGAGGAAAACCAACUUGGGGAUUUGUUGGCCCCUGAUGCGACUAUACCUACCAAUGGCUACCAGACGCUAAAGGGUGGCGAGACUAUGCUAACCAGUACUGGCAUGCUAAUGCGGCAUGCCACCAGUUCAGAGCUGGCGUUGACAUGCUUCCACAUGAACGCAAGUUACGUCGAUCACGUCUUUCUUGAAUGA